AUGCGAACUGUCCUUAGUCGACUCGCACUAACAUCUCGAUCUUUGACGACCUCAGUAUCACCGUUCUCACUAUUCCAACGAAGCAGCCCCUCCGUCAUCCGCAAGAUGUCGUCUAUCACUGAACCAGUUCUUAAGCAGCGCGUCAAGCUAUCUCUCAUUCAACUCGCCUCUGGCUCUGACAAGAAGGCCAACCUCGAUAGUGCAGCCUCACACGUCGCCCGAGCAGCUUCUUCGGGAGCAAAGAUUGUUGUUCUGCCGGAAUGCUUCAACUCGCCUUAUGGAACAGAUCACUUCCCUCAGUACGCGGAGACUCUACAACCUAGUCCGCCAUCUAACGAUGCUGCGCCCUCUUAUCACGCACUCUCUGCAAUGGCUGCUGAUAACAAAGUCUACCUCGUCGGUGGGUCAAUUCCAGAAUACAGCCCGGAUACCAAGAAGUACUAUAACACAACUCUCAUCUUUGGACCCGACGGUGCCUUGUUGGGUACACACCGCAAGGUGCAUCUCUUUGAUAUCGACAUCCCUGGCAAGAUCACAUUCCGCGAGUCAGAUAUUCUGAGUCCUGGUAACAAGGUGACACUUGUUGAUCUUCCUGAGUACGGCAAGAUUGCUGUUGCUAUCUGUUACGAUGUUCGCUUCCCUGAACUAGCCACCAUUGCGGCUCGAAAGGGUGCCUUUGCCCUUAUCUAUCCUGGCGCUUUCAACACCACAACCGGCCCUCUUCACUGGCAAUUGCUUGGUAGAGCUCGAGCUGCUGAUAACCAGCUCUAUGUAGCUCUCUGCAGUCCCGCGCGUGCUGAAACGGGCUAUCCUGCUUACGGCCACAGUCUUGUCGCCGACCCAAUGGCCCAGGUUCAGGUCGAAGCAGACGAGAAGGAGACCACUGUCGACUGGGAACUCGACCCUGAGAAGAUUACCGAAGCGAGAAAGAACAUCCCAUUAGACACUCAACGAAGGUUUGAUGUAUACCCUGAUGUAAGCGAGGGAAAGAUCCGGUUCGAGGAACCUUGA